UUCAUAGUUCAGUGCGCUUUCCAGACGACAACGCUGACGACAGCCACACAGCAGCAGCAGCAACAGCAGCAGUGUCUCUUUGUUUUUGUGCCGUCUAAAUAUAAUAAUUUCGUGAUUUAUUUUAAUUGGCCAAAAACGGCGGCCACGACAAUUGUGUGUUGCUCUUGACAGACAGUCAAGACAAAAGCAAAAAAAAAAUGUGCCACAACUAAGAAAAGAAAAAAAAAAACAGAUUAAACGAAACAAAGUUUCAAGUGAUUUACCAGCUAUAAAUAGUUUGCAAAGUUAUAAACAAAAGCAAGACAAGUUAUGUGUGUGCUAUAAUUAUGCUACUGCUUAUCGCACUUGUUAUUGUUGUUGUUCCUGUUGUUGCUAUUAUUACUAUUAUGCAAUCAUAAAGUGGAGAAGCAGAAGCUGAAGAAGCCAAAGAUGCCGCAAUUUGAUGAAUCUUUCUUGAGCGAUUGUGCGCUCGCUGAACGCUGGCGUUUCUAUUCGUACAACGUGCAACAGCUUGAAGAAGAGCCACACCAGCAGCAACAGCAACAGCUGCUGCCACCGCAGCAACACAGAUCGUUGUGGUCACUGCGCGAUAACAACAACAACAACAACACAAAGCACACACUGCAUGACAUCAAAUUCCACAGGCGUCGCAAAUAUAAAAAACUGCCACGUUUGGCGCUAUCAGCAACAUCAGCAGCAGCAACAACAGCCACAGCAACAACAUCGGCAACAACAACACCCAUUUGCACACUAUUGACACCGCCAACAACACCAUCGACGUGUGCGUUGCUGGUCAAGAAUUUGUCGCGCUACGGCAGCAUCAGUUCUCCAUCCACGCCCAGCAAUUGCUCAGCGGGCGGCGGCGGCGGCGUCGUCGGUGGUUGCAGCAGCAGCAGCAACAACAGCAUCAACAGCAGCAUCUAUACGAGCUCCUCCUCAACGCCACCGCCACCGCAACAGCAACAGCAACAGCAACAACAGCUGAAUACAACAACAGCAGCAGCCGCAGCAGGAACAACCACGCCCACAGCGCCCAGAGGCGGAGGAGUUCCGCCGGCUCCUCCAAGUGCGGGCUCGACGGGUUCGUCGGGGCACAAGAACAGUUUGAAGGGUACGAAAUUGGCGCGACGUGCGCGGAGCUUUAAGGACGAUCUGAUCGAGAAGAUCUCACUGAUGCGGACCACAAACAAUACGCUGGGUCGCUCCCAUUCGCCGCACAGUCCGCGCAACAAACACGGCAGCCAAAAGCCGCCGCCAACCACCGAGGAAGUGCAGCGAUCGACGCAAACGCUGGAGACACACGUCAAGGACAUCUCGAAUGCCCUCAAGCAUUUUCGCGAUGUCAUACUCAAGAAGAAGCUCGAGGUUCUCCCCGGCAAUGGCACAGUCAUACUGGAGACCAUUGCCAGCAUGUAUUCCGUCAUUCAGUCAUAUACGUUGAACGAGAACAACGCGAUCAUGAACUCGGCCACACAGCAGGUGUAUCAGUCGCUGGGCAAGCUGAUCAAGCUCUGUGACGAGGUCAUGCUCAGCGAGAAGAGCGGCGAGUGCGCCUCGCUCAGCAACGAGAAUGUCCGCGAAGUUAUCGAUCUGCUCGAGGAUGCAGUGCGGAAUCUGGUCACACUGGCGCAGGGCAAACUCAAGGAGCAGGAUCAGUGCGCGUUUCGCUACAGCGGCGCUGGCUUGGGCGGCAUCGGCGCUGCCGCCGAUAUUAUGGGCGCCGUUGCCGUUGCCACCGCGGCGAGCAGCGCUGGCGCUGGCGUUGGCGGUGGCGGGGCCGGGGGAAUGCGACAUCCGGCGCCAACGGAUGUUGCAGCGCAACGGACAUCGCUGCCGGACAUUGCGCUGACGCCGAAGGAGCGCGACAUACUCGAGCAGAGCAAUGUGAAUCCGAUGCGUGGCUCGCACAGCAUCGAGAGCAUAUUGCGAGACACGAGCCCGCCGCCAAAACCGCCGCUGCCGAAUCGAGCGAGCAAUCCGCCGCCAUUGCCGCCGAAGCGUCGGAGUCAGCCGCAGUCGCAGCUGAUGCAGGCAACCAACCAACAGCCACCGACGUCCGGUAGCAAUAAUAUCGCCUAUGCGAAUGCAAACAACAGUCACUCGUCGCAGGCGAACAGUCCGUUGCCAUAUGCGCAGUCGCACAACAUUAGCAUCAACUCGGAUCUGGAUUGCAGUUCCAACAUCUCGUUGCUUAAUUACGGCGUCGAUCUCCUUUCGGUACGCUCACGCUCGCCGGACGAGAACAGUCAAUGCUCAUUCGACUCGGCGCUUAAUCAUUCGCUCGAUGUGGAAGAGCAACUGCAUUUGCCAAAGCCGCCCACGAGACAGCAGCUGCACCAUCAGCAGCAGCAUCUGGAGGACGAUGUGGACAAGAUGAUGAACUACAAUCAAUCUCCAACGAUUCUCAACAUUGAUCAUGCCACAAUUUUGCGAUCAGCAGAAACGCAGGCCGAGGCAGUCGCUGCAUCUGUUGUUGCUGCAUCCCUGGAGGCAGCCACAUCCAGUGUACAUGCAACGCCGCCUCCGCUGCCGUCGGCAACCGUUGCAACUGGUGGCUCUGAGGCCAACACGGAGCUGCGCAAAGCAGCGGCAGCAUUAACCAGCAAUCGUCACUCAAAUGAAUCGGGAUUCGUAUCGAUGAUGUCAUUUCGCACGUCCACACAGAGCGUCUCGAAGCGUUCAUCGGAGCACAGUGUGCAAUCAUCGUCCACGAAAUCGUCGAGCAGCAACUCGGAGAUUCUCUUUAGCAUGAGCGAGACGACGGCGUCGGCGUCGGCAUCUUCGGCGACGACAACAACGUCAUCGACGUCGACGUCAACGUCAACGACGAGUCGCAGCAACAGCAGCAGCGAGUAUCAGCAGUUGAAUCAAACGCAGUCGUCAUCCACACAGCGUCACAUCACCACCAACAGCAAUGGCGGCAGCAGCAGCAGCACAACAGCAAGUGCAACAAUCAUCAGCAACAGCAGCAGCAGCAACAACAGCGAACAGUUGACAUCCGCCACCACAUCGAUGACAACGGCAACGGCAACAGCUGCGACAACGUCGACAACAUUGUCGACCAAUUUGCAUCCGCGUGGCAGCAAUUGCUCAUCGCCGGAACUUUUGGCGCCGGCAUUGCCACCAAAGACACAACAGCGCAUUAAUGCCACGCCGCGUAUUGAUGCCGCCAUGGAUGAACUCGAUGAUAAUUUCGAGUUGCCAGAGUUGCGAAUAUUGUCGCCGCACCAUCAUCAGCAUCAUUCGUCGUCAUCGCAGCUGCAUCAGUGGCAAUCGAAACAUCACAGCCUGAUGGAGCCACCGCGAAGCGCACAUUUGCCAAGCAGCAGCAGCAGCGCCUUUGACCAGGAUUUGGAGAAGCCGCCGCCGUUGCCCAUGAAGAAGAAGCACAUGUUUCAGAGUGUCGCCUUUUCGGUCUUGGCGUAUGUGGAGUGCGUAUACUCGUUGGAGCAUCGGCAUACGAUGCACACUACCUACAACAUCGCCCGCAACAUAUCGCACAGUCAAACCAUGAACAUCAUGCCGAUGAGCAAGGAUAUGUCGCCGGAGCUGGAGACGCCGCCAGCGUUGCCGCCGAAGAACUACAAGCAGCGGAAGGCAUCCACAACAUCCUCCUCCUCAGCCUCCGCCUCAACUACAGUGCCGACAGCAAUCAUCAGCACACCGCCAGCUAGUCCGAAGCCCAUGCUAGGCGAUGUCGGUCUGCGAGGCAGUCGCAUGACGACGGUCAGCGAGGAGCUCAACGAUGUGCAGGCGGCGACCGAAGAUGCUGCUGGUGGAGCGCAGGCGACAUUGGACAGCAAUGAGAAUACGUUUUACUGUCACUCGCAUCAGUUGCCCAGCGAAACAAGGGAAGAGUCCACAAUGUUGGCGCCCAUUAAUACGCCGCAAAUGCUGGAGGCAGGUGGCGAAAAUGUCACUGGCGGAGCGGAGCAACAGCAGACGGAAACAAGGCAGCAUAUACCUUGUGAACUGGAGCUGGACGAAGAGGAUGACGAGGAGGAGGAGGAAGAAGAUGUCGAUAAUCAGCUGCCUAAUAUGCUGGAGGAGAUUGACAUUACGCCAUAUUUAAUACUCAAAAAGAAUGAGGAGGAUGGGCCCGAGGUGAAGGGCGGCUACAUUGAUGCGCUGAUCGUGCACGCCAGUCGCGUCCAAAAAGUCGCCGAUAAUGCAUUCAGCGAGGCGUUCAUCACCACCUUUCGCACGUUCAUUCAGCCGAUCGAUGUGAUCGAGAAGCUGACCCAUCGCUACACAUACUUCUUCUGUCAGGUGCACGAUCAGAAGCAGAAGGCGGCCAAGGAGACCUUUUCGCUCCUCGUGCGCGUUGUCAACGAUCUGACCUCCACAGAUCUGACAAGCCAACUGCUCAGCCUGUUGGUGGAGUUUGUCUAUCAGCUGGUCUGCUCCGGUCAGCUCUAUUUGGCCAAGCUGUUGCGCAACAAAUUCGUGGAGAAAGUGACGCUCUACAAGGAUCAACGCAGCAUCCAUUAUGCCUUGGAGCGCGAUCAGCUUGGCGGCAUUAUGGGCAGCGGCGGUGUCUGUAGCGGUGGCAAUCAAUUAAGUUUGCUCGACUUGAAGUCAUUGGAGAUAGCCGAACAGAUGACGCUCCUGGAUGCGGAGUUGUUUCAGAAAAUCGAGAUACCCGAAGUAUUAUUAUUUGCCAAAGAUCAGUGCGAGGAGAAAUCACCCAAUCUCAACAAGUUCACCGAGCACUUUAACAAAAUGUCGUAUUGGGCGCGCUCGAAAAUCUUGCGACUGCAGGACGCCAAGGAGCGCGAGAAGCAUGUGAAUAAGUUUAUCAAAAUCAUGAAACAUUUGCGCAAAAUGAACAAUUACAAUUCGUAUCUGGCGUUGCUCUCUGCCCUGGACUCGGGUCCCAUACGCAGAUUGGAAUGGCAGAAGGGCAUUGCGGAGGAGUUGUGCUCGUUUUGUGCGCUCAUCGAUUCCAGCUCCAGUUUUCGUGCCUAUCGUCAGGCGCUGGCCGAAACCAAUCCGCCCUGCAUACCCUACAUCGGUCUGGUUCUACAGGAUUUGACAUUUGUGCAUGUGGGCAAUCAGGAUUAUGUGUCCAAGGGUGUCAUCAACUUCUCCAAGCGCUGGCAGCAGUACAACAUAAUUGUCAACAUGAAACGUUUCAAGAAGUGCGCGUAUCCAUUUCGACGCAAUGAGCGCAUCAUACGAUUUUUUGACAACUUUAAGGAUUUUAUGGGCGAGGAGGAGAUGUGGCAAAUAUCGGAACGCAUCAAGCCCCGUGGUCGACGUCUGGUCAACAACUAUUAGACGUUUGCCUCCUCCACUACAAAACACCAACUACAUUUAUAGUGCAAUGGUUAUACAUAUACUAUAUACUUAUAUAUAUAUAUAUACUAUAUAUUAACUUAGCAAUUACAAACAACAACAACAAAAACAACAAGAAGAAGAUGAAAACACUGUAACUAUUCUAACUGGGUCUGAGUAAAUAAUCGUUCGCUAAUCGUAUCUAUAUACACAUACAUAUAUAUAUAUAUUCAUGUAUAUAUAUCGGCAAAUAUAUGUAUAGCUAAAGCAUGCAGUAAUAAUGUACCUAAAUACCAUAUAAUAACAUUACAAAAAUACCACAGAUCUGUAGUUGAACAAAACAAAAAAUCAGUGCGAUAAAAUAUGUAUACACAUGAAUUAUGUAAAAACUAUAUAUAUAUACAAUAAUGUAUAAACAUACAGCAAACACUUCUAAUCGGACGCGAUAUCCUAUUUGUAUUCUUUGUUUUAUGUACUUUUUUUUUGUAUUUGUUUCCCCAACAAAUAUAAUUUUACACUGUAUUAACAACGAAUUUUCUGAACAACAAAAAUAUUACGUGUUUGUAGAAGCCAAAAAAAAACAAGAAAACAAAAAAAAACUAAAUCAAAAAAACGUUUAAAGAGUUGUAUGUGUUUUAAAUAAGAUUUAAAGAAAAACAAAACAAAAAAUGAAACCAAAACGGUAACAAUCACCUAAAAACACCAAAUUGAAACGCACACAAAACAAAAAAAGAAAAGAAAAAACUAGGAAAAAAGUGAAGAACACAAAAUCUACUACGAUUGGAAUAUUUGGGAUGAUUUAAAUCGUACUUUAAAACUGAUUUUUUUUUUGUGCAUGCAGCGCUGUUUCGUUGACCAUUAAAACUGUUGAAAAACAAAAAAAAGAAGUAAACAAAUACCAAUCUUUACCUUUAAAUUGAAACCGCUAAUUUACCUCCACCUCGCAUUUGUUUAAGGUCGGAACUUGAGAACGUUUCACUUGCAGACUGUAUGCACAAAAAUGGUUGAAAUGAAAUACACCCCACGAGGUUAACACUAGUUAAGAUAUCGACAAGAAAAGUAACAACAACAACAACAACAAAGUUAACUUUAAAACAAAUCAAUGCCAAGCCAAGACACCAACCUAGCCAAAAUCAAUCGAAAACAACAAACAAACAAACAAACAAUAAUUGAGAAAGCUACAGUCAAGUGUGUGCUCUACUCUCUCAAGAGAGAGAGAGAGAGAGAAUACAAUAAAAUUAAGUGUGACCGUGGCAAAGCAAUAUAUCCAAUAUAGCUGCAAUCAAUUCUGAACCCGUUAAAUUAUUUCUUCGACGAUCAUAAUCAAUUUUUUUAGAAGCCAUUUCAAACGUUUUUUGUUUUAUUUUUUAUAUAAAUUUUUUGUCUUAAGAGGUGUGAUUCCUAGGUAAAUAUAUAGCUAUUGUUCCUAUGUCCGGAAUAUAUGGCUAUAUUGUCUUGGGAUCGAAGCUGCCUUCCUGUGCCUGUUUUUGGUUACAAUUCGGUUGACACUAAAUUAUUAUACCCUUCAACCUCAUGGUUACAGGGUAUACUUAAGUUUCACACACUCAAUUAAACGAAUCAACUUGAAAAGUUACAAAAAAA